AGAUCAUGAAGAAGAGCUGCACAUUUCGAGCCCGAAGCUUCUCUCUCGUACCACGAGCUGGAUCAGCCCGAUCCCGUCGCCGAAUUUAUCCACGAUUAACCCGUUGCCGCCGCCGGUGAUAAUAUCCGAUUUUCAAGAAAAUCUGUCGGGAGGGAGCGCCCCCUCGAGCCCACAAACACCGAGGAAGCAACAAACGUUUCUUUCGAAAACGGCGAGCGGACGAAACAUGACGACCCCGAUUUUCUUUUCCCAAUCAGCCGCUCGGAGGAAGCCUCCGCCCGUGGAGAGAAAGCUCGAAUGCACCCUCGAGGAUUUGUGCUUCGGAUGCGUCAAGAAGAUCGAUAUCACAAGGGAUGCCAUCUCAUGCAGCGGGUACGAAAUAUAUAUAUAUAAGUGGUCAUUCAGCAUGAUAAAUAAACAACUUAACAUUUCAGAUGACGUGGUAAUUCAUUUCAACAAAUGCGCCGUAACAUUUCCUUUUGUUUUGAUCGACACGCGCAGGUUAAUAGUGCAAGAAGAAGACACACUAAUGAUCAAAGUCAAGCCCGGGUGGAAAAACGGAACAAAGAUCGUGUUCGAAGGGAAAGGAGACGAACGGCCGGGAUCACUUCCUGCCGACAUAAUAUUCGCCGUGGACGAGAAAAUCCAUCCGUUGUUCGAACGAAAAGAAGACGAUUUGGAGGUGGGAGUCGAGGUACCACUGGUGCAAGCUCUCACGGGGUGCACGAUUUCUGUGCCUUUAUUAGGUGGAGAAGAGCUAGAAAUUUGUAUAGAUGAAAUAAUAUAUCCUGGUUAUGAAAAGAUUAUUCUAGGACAAGGAAUGCCUAAGAAUAAAGAAGAAGGAUUGAUGGUGAGAGGUGAUCUUAGGCUUAAGUUCAUGGUCGAGUUUCCGGAAGAAUUGACCGAUUGCCAACGGGACGAGGUUGUUAGCAUUUUACGAGAUCAAUGUUCUUGAAAUAUUCAUCGUUGGUUUU